GAUCGGACACUCCUUUGGCAGAUGUGUUGCAAUUGUCGGCCAUUUUGAGUGUUAUUCACUCUUUCGACGAUUGCAUCGCUUCUGCCAUUCAAUGCCAGUAUUGAGUGACCAGUGAUUGAGUCACAUCAGGACAUCACCCCAUUUGAUCCAUUGGUUCGCAUCUUCUCUCAGCAUUACGAACGCCUUUAUAUUUGAAGACAUCCUUCCCAUUAUGUAUCCAUUGGGCGGUCAACCUCCGGGACCCCCCGGCCCGAGAGGUAUGACACCGAUGGCGCCCCCGCAGAUGGCUCCCGGACAGCAGCCACCGAUUGGGCCUCCAAUGGGUGCGAUGAUGACAGGUGUUCCCGGUGUGCAGGGAUCGAGUCUGGAGAACGUUUUGCCUGUGUUUUUAUGUCCGCGAAGACCUAAUAUUGGAACGGAUGGGCGGUUAAUAACUCUACGGGCGAAUCAUUUCCAGAUAACGAUGCCGCGGGGGUUCCUCCACCACUACGACAUCACCAUCACUCCAGACAAGUGCCCGCGAAAGAUCAACAGAGAGAUCAUCGAAACCAUGGUUCAGUCCUACUCCAAGAUCUUCGGCACUCAGAAACCGGUGUUUGACGGCAGGAAAAACAUGUACACUCGCGACGACCUCCCCAUUGGCAGGGAUAAGGUCGAGUUAGAGGUUACCCUUCCGGGAGAGGGUAAGGAUAGGGUGUUUCGAGUGGCCAUUAAAUGGGUCUCUCAGGUGAGUCUCAAUACUCUGGAAGAAGCACUGGAAGGCAAUUCGCGAGCCAUACCUCUGGACUCUAUACAAGCUCUGGACGUUGUUAUGAGACAUUUGCCGUCAAUGACAUACACACCGGUCGGUCGUUCAUUCUUCUCAUCGCCGGACGGCUAUUAUCAUCCAUUAGGAGGCGGACGCGAAGUAUGGUUUGGGUUUCAUCAAAGUGUUCGUCCGUCACAAUGGAAGAUGACUUUGAACAUUGACGUGAGCGCCACCGCCUUCUAUAAGGCACAGCCUGUCGUCGAGUUCAUGUGCGAAGUGCUCGACAUCCGAGACAUCAAUGAACAGAGGAAACCAUUGACUGACUCGCAGAGAGUGAAGUUCACCAAAGAGAUCAAAGGUCUGAAGAUCGAGAUCACGCACUGCGGGGCAAUGCGCCGCAAAUACCGAGUGUGUAAUGUGACCCGAAGACCGGCACAGUUGCAGUCAUUCCCAUUGCAGUUAGAGAACGGCCAGACCGUGGAGUGUACGGUCGCCAAGUAUUUCCUGGACAAGUAUAAGAUGAAACUACGGUACCCUCACCUGCCGUGUCUGCAAGUGGGUCAGGAGCACAAACACACGUAUCUGCCCCUCGAAGUGUGCAACAUAGUUGCCGGGCAGCGCUGUAUCAAGAAGUUAACUGAUAUGCAAACCUCAACUAUGAUCAAAGCCACCGCCCGGUCAGCUCCCGAUAGGGAACGCGAGAUCAAUAAUCUCGUUAAUAAAGCGGAUUUCAAUAACGAUCCAUACGUUAAAGAGUUUGGUCUAUCCAUCAGUAAUCUAAUGAUGGAAGUCAAGGGUCGAGUAUUACCGCCGCCUAAACUACAAUAUGGAGGCCGUACUAAACAACAGGCGAUUCCCAAUCAGGGCGUAUGGGAUAUGAGAGGCAAACAGUUCCAUACGGGCGUUGAGAUCAGGACGUGGUCUAUAGCCUGCUUUGCACCCCAACGCACAUGUCGUGAGGACUCUCUUCGCAAUUUCACGCAACAGUUGCAGAAAAUCUCAAACGACGCGGGAAUGCCAAUCAUAGGACAGCCCUGUUUCUGUAAAUACGCUACCGGUCCGGAUCAGGUGGAGCCCAUGUUUCGAUACUUGAAACAGACAUUCCAAGGCUUACAACUCGUGGUCGUCGUUCUGCCCGGAAAGACACCCGUUUAUGCAGAAGUGAAACGAGUGGGCGAUACAGUGCUCGGAAUGGCCACUCAAUGCGUUCAGGCCAAGAAUGUCAACAAGACUUCACCACAAACUCUAUCCAAUCUGUGUCUCAAGAUUAACGUCAAAUUGGGAGGAAUUAACAACAUUUUGGUGCCCAAUAUUAGGCCUAAGGUGUUCAACGAGCCUGUGAUAUUCCUGGGGGCAGAUGUCACUCAUCCUCCGGCUGGUGAUAACAAGAAGCCUUCCAUUGCGGCUGUGGUGGGCUCUAUGGACGCCCACCCGAGCAGAUACGCGGCCACCGUUCGUGUUCAACAGCACAGACAGGAAAUCAUACAUGACUUGUCAACAAUGGUUAAAGAACUACUCAUUCAGUUCUAUAAGUCGACUCGUUUUAAGCCAAACCGUAUCAUCUUUUAUCGCGAUGGAGUAUCUGAAGGACAAUUCCAUCAGGUGUUGGCUCAUGAGUUGCUGGCCGUCCGCAGUGCGUGUAUGAAACUCGAAGACGACUACAGGCCUGGCAUUACAUUCAUUGUGGUUCAGAAACGACAUCACACGAGACUCUUCUGCGCCGAUAAGAGGGAGCAAAUCGGGAAGAGUGGUAACAUUCCCGCCGGUACUACAGUCGACGUCGGUAUCACUCAUCCAACUGAGUUUGACUUCUACCUGUGCUCUCACGCUGGCAUUCAGGGAACGAGUCGUCCCUCUCAUUACCACGUUCUUUGGGAUGACAACCAAUUUUCAGCUGAUGAGUUGCAAUGCCUGACGUAUCAGUUGUGUCACACAUAUGUGCGGUGCACGCGGUCGGUGUCGAUCCCGGCUCCUGCCUAUUACGCCCAUUUAGUGGCGUUUAGAGCCAGAUAUCAUUUGGUGGAGAAAGAACACGACAGUGGCGAGAGUUCGAGUCAUCACUCGGGCACUAACGGUGACGAGCGGACAGUGACUGCGUUAACCCGUGCGGUGACAGUACAUCCGGACACCACUAAAGUGAUGUAUUUUGCUUGAGAAGACUUCACACAACUCCUCUUUAGUCUAAAUGUUUUAAUUGUUGUGCAGUUAACCAAUUAAUAGACAUUAUGUUGUGUCCCGAUGUUAACACAUGUGACCACUUCUUAUCACUAUUUAUCCCAAAAAGAGUUGACACCAGUUUUGGUCACUAUGUGUUCACAUUUAAUAUAACACAGCAACCGCUCCCCUCGACUUCCCUCCCACUCCCACUCCCCUCACUCUCCAUUCAAUGAUGAAAAGGUGUUGAAUGUGAAUAAUAUAGAGUGAAUAUUAAAUCAUAUGAUAAUGGGAUGUCAUUUAGACAUUAAUUGAUAUACAAUUAGUAUUGACUCUAUAUUAGUAUCAUUUACACGACACGCCAUAACUUAGGCUAUAAUAAACCUAUCAAUUGUUAACACAUAAACUUAUUAAGUCUAUCAUAACCUAACCCUUAACAUAGGGCUAUAUUUUGCCCUUAGUUUACACUUGAGGCCCGAGUUAGGGCCGGGCUAUAGAAUUUCAAGUACAGGCUUUUUUGUUUGUUAUGCUCCGACAUGUUUUAUCAUAUACAGUACAUAUACAGUAUAUAUACAAUAUAUUUAUUAAUUAUAUUAUUAUUGAUCAACGAUUAGUGGAAUAAGUGUUGAUUGUAUUAAUGGUGUUGUGAUUGGAAAACAUUUUAUCACUUAUUUUACAUAAAUUUAAAUCAAUUGUCAAUUAAUUGAAAAAUAAUCAUUAUUUUCACAUUUAGUCGCUUCACAACAAAACACUAUUAUUUAGUUUCAAACUACACUUAAUUUUGUUUAACUUUUUAUAUAAAUAUUUAUUCAAAAUUAUGAAUUUUCAACCACUUUUCAACCUAUUUUAUUCAUGUGUUUUGAACCCUGUAUUUAACAUAUAUCCUAUUUAUCAAAUAAAUUCACCACAAUUAGA